GGACUCUUUAGACUUCGGGCACAGCAGUGCAUGACACUGCCCACUCGAUCACAGACCAAGGCCAUGGACCGGAAGGCAGGAGAAUCCCUCCUGACCUAUGAGGAACGCCUGGCGGCAUUCAUUCAGGAGGCCAACGAUAGGGCUGCCACCGCGGCCAAGGAACGUAAUUGGCUUGAACAAGAGGAGGAGGCCAAGCGACAGAAGGAGGAACAGGACCGACUUCGUCAAGAAGAGGCAGAYCUGCAGGCGGCAGCCGAACACCGGUCAUGCCAGCGGGAACGACUGUUCACUCGGGAGACCGUGAUCGGCGAUGWGGCCGCACAUUGGGUGGAAGAGGCAUCUGCAGACGGGACCCCGGAGACUGAGAAAGGGCUGUCAGCCCUUGCACAGGUCUCCCACAACCUCGUGGCCACCUGCGCUCUGCAGCAGGAGGAAAUCCUUCAUGCAGCAGACAGUGGACCAGAUGCUCGCACGGCUGCAGGCGUUGCAGAAACAGCCAGCUGCUUGUCGGAACUGCACACCAAGCUCACUUGGCAGGAGUUGACCGAUGCCUGGCACAAGCGAUUCCAAGUGGAGCCGCCCGACCUGCAAGCGAUGGACAAGCUCAACAAGCUCCAUCAGAACAUGCUGCUCAGUCAGAACUGGAUUACCGAGUUCCAAAGACUCGCCUCCACACCUGACCUGCCGCUCGCAUUCCGCGCCAUCAAGCACUUGUUCAUCAUGCGCUCAUGUUCAGCUCUGCAAAACGCGCAAACGCAGAUUGCAGAGACACUCGACAUAUCUGACAAGCUUUUCAGCACAGCGUCGCGGAUCAUUCUCAUGAAUAUCGAAGCCCGCAACGCCGGCCGAUCUUCCGCGACGACGAGCGGCACCCAGCCCAAGCCAAAGGUGGUUUGCAUUACUUCUACCGAGGCUGCAACACCAAACGAGGGUGAAGUGUUGGCAGCUGCCCGGGAUGGUGGCCGGCCGUGCAACAAUCACGGCCGCGACAAGACGAAGACUCAGUCCACCUCUACACCGAGCACCAGAUCAGCCGCCGACGAACCUUGGGCACAAUACGGACUCUCGGCGAAUUCUUAUCGCACGAGACUCGAGUACCGUUACUGCCUUUGGUGCAAUAGCACCAUCCACGAUGCUGCAUAUUGCCCCACCAAGGGGAAACCCCACGAAGUCGCGGUGGGGGACAUGCUUGGCUACGUUGCCAAGGUGGCCCGCAAGUUUGUCUCGCAAUGGUACGAAGAAAACAACGCACCGUUGCUCUACGUUCGCAUUCAGAUUGGGCAAGCGGCCAGCAACGCCUUGCUAGAUUGCGGCGCAACUCGCAACUUCAUCAGCCAGGCCUUCAUGACUCGGGCUGGCCUUGGCGCACAAGUACGGAGGAAGUCACAUCCGACGACGGUCGCUCUUGCCGACGACGAGUUCUCGGAUGUUUUUGAGACACCCUCCGGUAUAGUGUCAGACCGGCCAAUCUCUCACGAGAUCAUACUUGAGGCCGGCGCCGUGCCACCGAAAGGAUGCAUUUAUCGCAUGUCCGAGGAGGAUCUCACGGUUCUUCGUGCGCAACUCGACGAUCUGCUUGACAAGGGUUGGAUCCGCCCUAGCAGCUCACCUUGCGGUGCGCCCGUUCUCUUCAUUCAGAAGAAGAACAAGGACCUUCGACUUUGCAUUGACUACCGACGCCUCAACGCGCAAACCAUCAAGAACGCGGGGCCUCUACCUCGCAUUGACGAUUUGCUUGAGCGGUUGGGCGACGCCAAGUACUUUUCCAAGUUGGACCUCAAGUCGGGUUACCAUCAGAUUUCCAUCCGCCCGCCAGAUCGGUACAAAACCGCAUUUAAGACGCGAUAUGGGCCUUUUGAGUGGGUAGUUAUGCCUUUUGGCCUCACCAAUGCCCCGGCCACCUUUCAGGCGGCCAUGAUCACCGAGUUUCGCGCUAUGUUGGACCGCUUCGUCUUGGUCUACUUAGACGACAUCCUCGUCUAUAGCCGAACUCUAGAGGAGCAUCUCGAGCAUCUUCGCCGUGUUCUAGAGACCCUUCGGUCAGCCCGGUACAAAGCUAACCGCAACAAAUGCGAGUUUGUCCGGCAAGAGCUUGAAUACUUGGGUCAUUUUGUCUCUCCGGAAGGCAUUCGUCCAUUGGCGGACAAGAUUCAAGCCAUCCAGGAGUGGCCCGAGCCGAAGAAUGUGACGGACGUCCGAUCCUUCCUCGGCUUGGCCGGUUAUUAUCAGCGUUUCAUCAAGAGUUACUCGAAGAUCGCGGCCAACCUAAGCAAGUUACAAAGCGAGGAGCGGCCUUUUGACUUCGAUGAAGAUGCGCGCCAUUCUUUUGAAACACUCAAAGCGGCACUCUUAUCCGCCGAGGUCGGUUUUAUUGGCCCGACCUUCUCAAGGACGCCACCCGCUAUUGUGAGUCGUGCGAAGUCUCUCGGCGUUGCGAGUUACGCAACCAUCGUCCGUUCGGCGAGCUACACCCAUUACCAGUGCCCCUUGGGCGACGGGAAGCAAUUGCUAUGGAUAUCACCGACCCCUUUCCGAAGCACAAGACCGGCGUUGAUGGGAUCCUCACGGUCGUCGACCGCCUCACUAAGUACGCCAUGUUUUUGCCUUGCCCGCUAUCACGCAAAGGCACCGGAGUUAGCCGAGGUCUUAUACACUGGUUGGAUUCGCUCUAAGGGCUAUCCCAAGGAGAACGUUUGCGACCGGGACACUCGCUUUCUCUCCGACUUUUGGGUCRCCCUCGUCAAGCGAUGGGGCUCAUCUUUGAAGCCGAGUUCGGCUCGCCACCCGCAAACCGAUGGUCAAACGGAAAGGGCGCAUCAGACCGCUCAAGUCCUUUUACGCACUCUCAUCCGUCCCGACCAGGUUGAUUGGGUUGAGCGCUUGCCAGACGUUGAGUUGGCUUACAACUCACCGAUCCAUCCUGCUAUCGGGAUGUCGCCAUUCGAGUUUGAGCAUGGUUCACCCAUCUCAUCGCCGUUGGACGCCACUUUGUCGCGCACAGCCGAGAGCGACGACCAUCUUGCGUUCCUUCGUCUCAUGCAAGAGCUUCUUGUUCAGGCACGAGAUCAGAUGUCGAAGACGCAAAUACGGAUGAGCCGUCAAGCCAACCGCAAUCGCCUUCCUCGCCCAUUCCGUGCCGACGAUCUGGUUUGGGUAUCCGCCGCGGAGUUCAGCCACGAGCAAGACAUCUCUCGCAAGCUCCUUCCCAAGUGGAUGGGGCCUUGGCGCAUUCUCUCUGCAGUUGGUGAUGAUCCCGAGGGCCCUUCAUUCCGCAUCACGGUGCCACCUCACUUGCCCAUCCACACGGUGUUCCACUGUUCCAAACUCGCUCCUUUCGUCUCAGCGGAGUCCGAUGAGUUUCCCGGUCGACGUACUCAAGACCCUCCUUCCAUGGACGAAUUUCAGGAGGCCGGCUACAUCAUCACCGACCGGCGCCAUGRCAACAAAGAAACAGAGUUUCAACUUCACUUUUCCUACUGCAGCCACAAGGCUGACCGUUGGCUGACGCGUUCGGAACUGCAGGCCACAGCUCCCGCGGUUCUCUCACGUUAUCUUAGCAAAGGGAAGACUACGCCGAGCACUCCAGCUCCUCGCCUUCCUCGCUACAUUUCGCCAUCGGAUCGGCAGCUUCGCCCGUGCCCCGGCUCGUCUUCAUAAGGAGGGGGGCGUGUUACAUGCUGAAAGCCUACACACGGGCCCCUCACGGGACCCGA